UCAUAUAAUAAUUUCAGUUGGACUUUGAAAGAUAAUAGUUAAGAUGUCAUUAGAUACAUGGAUUGAAUACAAGAGUAUUUAUGGAAAUACUUUAUUUAUCUAUAAUAAGGCAACGGGAGAACACAAAUGGCCUUCUGAAGAUGGUGGUAGUAAUCUACAAGACAACAUUAUGCAUGGUCUGCCCAUAAUGGCCAAAGAAUACUGCUGUAUUGCUACACAAACUGACGACUAUGGCUGUGAAAAUGGUUGCUCUUCUAAGUACAUUAAUACAAGUAACGUCAUUGAAAAUGCAGGUCCUUUGAAUAACAUUAAUUCUGUGAGUUCAGUUGAUGUUGAUAAUACGACAGCUAGCUGUUCUAAUGAAAACUAUAACAAUCAACAAGGUUCAAUGACAGUGAGUGACAGUGAAGAUGUUUCUAACGAGACAAAUGUGGAAAAGCCUAUAGAAUGCUCACAACUCAGUCAGGAGUUUGAGGUUGAGCAAGACCUCACUCAACAUGAACAAACAAGCUGUGUUGAAGAAUCAAUUAAAUGUUCUUACUGUAAAAGGGCAGCUCAAGGUCUCUACGCACAUGUAAGUCAAUCAUACGAGAAGCACAAGGUGGACAUGCAAAAACAUGUUACCGCAUAA